AUGGAUCAAAUAGCCACUUCAUUACGUCAAAGUGAGCCACAGAAUCAAGGAAAGUUACCUUCACAACCUGUUAGGAAUCCAAGGGAAAACUCUAAUGCCAUCACAUUAAGAGAUGGUAAGACUUAUGAUCCACCUACUAUUCCAUCAAGUUUAAAUGAUGUGCCAUUGCCUCCUAUUCAAUCCGCCCAACAAGACAAAGAUGGAACCCCAACCACAACACCCAAACCUAAACUAAAUAUUCCCACUUAUGUCACUACUCCUCCAUUUCCUAGUCGCAUGAUAAAGACAAAGAAAGAUGAAGUUGAGCAGGAAAUACUAGAGACUUUUCGCAAGAUUGAGGUAAACAUUCCCUUACUUGAUUUCAUUAAACAAGUACCUCGAUAUGCGAAGAUUUUAAAGGAGUUAUGCACCAAUAAGAGGAAGCUAAAAGGGAAUGAAAAGAACAGGGUGAUUAUUCAAUUAGCAGAUCGUUCUAAUGCCUAUCCAAGGGGAGUAGUAGAGGAUGUAUUUGUUAAAGUAAAUGAAUUAGUGUUUCCUGCGGAUUUCUAUAUUCUAUAUAUGGAAGAUGACUCAGUCCCAUGCUCUACACCAGUUUUAUUGGGAAUGCCAUUUUUAAAGAUAGCUAGAACCAAGAUAGAUGCUAAUGAGAGCACUUUGGUCAUGGAGUUUGAUGGUGAAGUGAUUCACUUUAAUAAUUUUGAGGCUGUGAGGUAUCCAAGUGAUGUUCAUUCAGUUUCUUUAAUUGAUAUUUUGGACACAUUGUCGCAAAGAAUUCUUGAUUUACAUGGAGAGGAUGGGUUAGAUGUUGUUUUGAGGGAAACAAUAGACUUGAAGAAAGAGGAUGUAAAUACUGAAGUAAAGGAAAUGGUGGCUGCACUUAAUAGUGGUGGAAAGGUUUCUAAAGAGGUACCGUUCUUAGAGUUGCCUAUUUCUCAUGAGCAACUUCAACCAUCUGUUAAAUCACCACCCAAGCUUGAAUUAAAACCACUACUGAAGCAUCUUAAAUAUGUUUACUUGGAUAGCAAGUGGGUGAGUCCAGUUCAAGUAAUUCCUAAGAAAUCAAGCAUCACUGUGGUAAAGAAUGUUGAGGAUGAGUUAGUGCCCACUAGAGUCCAAACAGGCUAUAAUCAGGUUGUUAUUUCAUCGAAUGCUGUUUGA